CUCUUGCGUUCGCCGUGUCGAACUUGACGUCAGCGCGUCGGGAGCAGGAGGGAGCGGCUCUGGUCGAGCGACGUUCACUGCGAACAGGAGAGAGAGUGAGCGGCGGAGAGCGCAGCGGAGCGGACGGGUGGAUGACUCAGACAGACAGUCAGGAUGCGUGAAUACAAACUGGUUGUUUUAGGAUCAGGAGGCGUCGGCAAGUCAGCUCUGACUGUCCAGUUUGUUCAGGGAAUCUUUGUGGAGAAAUACGACCCCACGAUAGAGGACUCCUACAGGAAGCAAGUCGAGGUCGAUGGACAGCAGUGUAUGCUGGAGAUCCUGGACACAGCAGGAACAGAGCAGUUCACAGCAAUGAGAGACCUGUACAUGAAGAAUGGCCAGGGCUUUGCUCUGGUUUACUCCAUCACGGCUCAGUCCACCUUCAACGACCUUCAAGACCUCCGAGAGCAGAUCCUCAGAGUGAAGGACACGGAGGAUGUUCCCAUGAUCCUGGUUGGAAAUAAAUGCGAUCUGGAGGUGGAGCGUGUGGUGGCCAAAGAGUCGGGCAUUGGUCUCGCUCGCCAGUGGAACUCCUGCGCCUUCCUUGAGACCUCGGCCAAGAGCAAGAUUAACGUCAACGAGAUCUUCUACGACCUUGUCCGACAGAUCAACAGGAAGAGUCCAGUUCCAGGGAAAACCCGCAAAAAGUCCACUUGUCAGCUUCUCUAAUGGCAGAUUCCUGCUCACCUGAUAACCAACCAACCAACCAAUCACAGGACAUCUUCCAGCUGGCCACGCCCCUUUAACACAACCAUGUCAUCAUCAGCAUCAGCCACUCUGUUACCAUGACGAUCGCUUCUCCCAUCCUUCAUCACACAAUGUAAAGGAGACUGUUGCCUUGGAAACAUUAAAACAGAACAUCAAAGGACUGCAACGGCGGUGGCGAUGAUGAUGAUGAUUCUGCUGUUGCGGGAAUGCAGGGGCUUGAUUUAAACUACAGUUCCCAUCAUGCUCUCUGCUAGGCUGUUUUUGCAGUGGGGAGUGGCUUCUUGCAUUCUUUUCUUUUUAAAAAAUUUUAAACUUUUCUUUUUUCGUUUCUUUCGCCUUAUUGUUUUCCGGCAGCCCUGAGCCAAUCACACGCAGUGUGACCGUCAGCUGUGUCGGCAUCGCCGCGGUGAUGACGGUGCCGCCGCCACAGCUGACCGUGUGUGUAUGUGGCUCUGGUGAAACCUGUGGAUUCAUACAGUGGUUAUUAUUACAGUGGUUGUUAUUAUGAUUCUGUGUGAAAACAAUUAAGUCAUUUUAUGUUUUUGAUUUUUGGGGA